AUGGCUUUUAGUCCGCCAAGAUUUUGUUCAUCACCGAUGACCGGUGUGCGGAUUGUCCCCCAAAGGAUGUCAUUAUGCCAUAAUGAUAUUUAUCAGCAGCUUAUGAGAAAUCAGUGCCGUAAAACUGGUGUGUCGGGUUGUCCACAAAGGAUAACAUUAUGUCAAAUCGGCAGCUGCGGUAUAUCGGCAGCUUAUGAGAGAGCGGUGCCCUAG